AUGGUAAGGCAAUUCCUCCUCUCAUCGAUCACUCAACAAGUAUUUGUGGCCGAGGAGUGGUGUCGCGACAACCGUAAGUUAGCUGAAGCUGAAGCCCUCUCUCGUGCCGAGGUGGAGAAGGAUUUGGGAGCCCUCAAGCAGGAGCACUGUGAGCUAUCUGAAAAGCUCAAGGAGGCUGAGUCAAGCGGUAAGAGUGCUGAGGCUGGCUUAAAGACUACUGAAAGGCAAGCCGAAGAUCAAUGCCAAAAACUGUACGUGACUGAGACCAACCUUGCUACUGAAAAGCAAGCUGUAUUGGAUCUCAAGGCUGCGUUGCAGAAAGCUCAAGAAGAGGCCCGGCUUGCUAAGGAAGCAGCUCAGUUAGCCAAGGAAGCAGUUGAGGCCGAGAAAAAGGCUGCCUACCAGCUAGGGGCGGAGGAGAUUGAGGCAAGACUCUCUGAGGAGCUGCCGGAGGUAUGCAGGGAUUACUGUAGUAUUUCAUGGGCUCAGGCCCUUAAUGCAGCAGGGAUCCCUGCAGACUCUGCCUUGAGACUGUCUCAGAACGUUUUCUUCCCUCCUAAGAUCCAGGAGUUCCCUGCCGAUGCCACCGAAGUUUUCGAGCAGCCCACGGCUAUUCCUGAUGCCAUCCCCCUUACUGAGAUUACCAGGGGCUCUGGUCAGCUCACCGUCCGGGCUGUGGAUGUGGAGGAAGAGAAGGGUAAAGGUAAGGGUAAGGGAAAGAAAAACUCCUCCAAGGCCAAGGAUCUUACUAAGGAUGCAAUCAGUGAGGCUGAGGAUCUUGGAGCAGGUCCCCAAGUCAAGGACGUCCCUCCUCCUCAGCCAGAGCAGAAAGAAGAUCCUCCUGCUGAGCUUCGGCUUGCCCGUUUCCCUGGGGAUAGGAUGGAGUGGAAUAUCGGUUUGUGA